AAAGCCCUUGGCGUCUUGGAGCAACCGCCCGCCGCCCGGGAACGCGGGCGCUGCUCCUGGCGGCGGCUUCGGGCUGAGCGGGGUGAAGCGGAGGCCGGGGUGGCGGGAGGCCGGCGGGGGCCCGGGCGGGAGGCGAAGACUCAUGAAAUGGCCACAGAUGACAAGAGGUCCCCGACACUGGACUCUGCUACUGAUUUGCCUCGCUCCCCCACUAGUCCUUCUCACCUCACUCACUUUAAACCUUUGACUCCUGACCAGGAUGAGCCCCCCUUCAAGUCAGCAUAUAGUUCUUUUGUAAAUCUUUUCCGUUUCAACAAAGAGAGAGGAGAAGGGGGCCAAGGAGAGCAGCAGUCUCCGAGUGCAAGUUGGUCCAGCCCUCAGAUCCCUUCGAGGACACAGUCUGUGAGGUCGCCCGUCCCUUAUAAAAAGCAGCUCAAUGAGGAGCUUCAGCGGCGCUCUUCAGUGUUAGCGGAGAACACUUUGCCACAUCCCCAGGAGAGCACAGACUCAAGAAGGAAAGCAGAACCAGCCUUUGGAGGUCAUGACCCACGUACAGCUGUUCAGCUUCGAAGCCUCAGCACAGUAUUGAAGCGCCUCAAAGAAAUCAUGGAAGGGAAAAGCCAGGACAGUGACCUGAAGCAGUACUGGAUGCCAGAUAGCCAGUGUAAAGAGUGCUACGAUUGCAGUGAGAAGUUUACCACCUUUAGGCGCAGACACCACUGCAGAUUGUGUGGGCAGAUUUUCUGCAGUCGUUGUUGUAACCAGGAAAUCCCGGGCAAGUUUAUGGGCUAUACAGGCGACCUCCGAGCAUGCACAUACUGUAGAAAAAUAGCCUUAAGUUAUGCUCAUUCUACAGACAGUAAUUCCAUUGGGGAAGACUUGAAUGCUCUUUCAGAUUCAACUUGCUCUGUGUCUAUACUCGAUCCAAGUGAACCUCGGACACCUGUUGGGAGUAGAAAAGCCAGUCGUAACAUAUUUUUAGAGGAUGAUUUAGCCUGGCAAAGUUUGAUUCAUCCAGACUCCUCAAAUAGUGCUCUUUCAACGAGACUUGUAUCUGUUCAAGAGGAUGCAGGGAAGUCUCCUGCUCGAAACAGAUCAGCCAGCAUUACUAAUCUGUCACUGGAUCGAUCUGGUUCUCCUAUGGUUCCUUCAUAUGAGACAUCUGUCAGUCCCCAGGCUAACCGAACCUAUGUUAGGACGGAGACGGCUGAGGAUGAACGUAAAAUUCUUCUGGACAGUGUUCAGUUAAAGGAUCUGUGGAAAAAAAUCUGCCAUCACAGCAGCGGGAUGGAAUUUCAGGAUCACCGUUAUUGGUUGAGAACACAUCCCAACUGCAUCGUAGGAAAGGAGUUAGUCAACUGGCUAAUCAGAAAUGGACACAUCGCUACGAGGGCACAAGCUAUAGCAAUUGGACAAGCAAUGGUUGAUGGACGUUGGUUGGAUUGUGUCAGUCAUCAUGACCAGCUUUUCAGGGAUGAGUAUGCGCUGUAUAGACCACUGCAGAGUACGGAAUUUUCUGAAACACCUUCUCCAGACAGCGACUCGGUGAACUCUGUGGAAGGACACUCUGAACCGUCCUGGUUUAAAGACAUCAAGUUUGAUGACAGUGACACAGAACAGAUUGCUGAAGAAGGGGACGACAAUUUGGCUAAUUCUGCCAGCCCUAGCAAGCGCACCUCAGUCAGCAGUUUCCAGUCCACAGUGGACAGUGACUCAGCCGCUUCCAUCAGCCUGAACGUGGAGCUGGACAACGUGAACUUCCAUAUCAAGAAGCCCUCCAAGUACCCACAUGUGCCCCCUCACCCUGCUGACCAAAAAGAGUAUUUGGUUUCUGACACUGGAGGACAACAGCUCUCAAUAAGUGAUGCCUUCAUCAAAGAAUCCUUAUUUAAUCGACGAGUAGAGGAAAAAUCCAAAGAGUUGCCUUUCACCCCUUUGGGCUGGCAUCAUAACAACCUGGAGCUCUUGCGGGAGGAGAAUGAGGAGAAGCAAGCCAUGGAAAGGCUGCUUUCAGCUAAUCAUAACCACAUGAUGGCACUACUCCAGCAGUUGCUUCAUAACGAGUCAUUGUCAUCAUCUUGGAGGGACAUCAUUGUGUCACUGGUUUGCCAGGUUGUUCAGACAGUCCGACCUGAUGUCAAGCACCAGGACGAUGACAUGGAUAUCCGCCAGUUUGUCCACAUCAAGAAGAUCCCUGGUGGAAAGAAAUUUGAUUCUGUGGUUGUCAAUGGCUUUGUUUGUACCAAGAACAUUGCACAUAAAAAGAUGAAUUCUUGUAUUAAAAACCCCAAAAUCCUUCUGUUGAAGUGUUCCAUUGAGUAUCUCUAUAGAGAAGAAACUAAGUUUACUUGCAUUGAUCCUAUUGUGCUUCAGGAAAGAGAAUUCUUGAAGAAUUAUGUUCAACGGAUAGUUGAUGUUCGACCCACAUUGGUUCUAGUUGAGAAAACAGUGUCUCGGAUCGCUCAGGACAUGUUACUGGAACAUGGCAUUACUCUGGUCAUUAAUGUCAAGUCACAAGUUUUAGAACGAAUCAGUCGAAUGACCCAAGGUGAUUUAGUGGUGUCCAUGGACCAGCUGCUCACUAAACCACACCUGGGCACUUGCCACAAAUUUUAUAUGCAGAUAUUUCAGUUACCUAAUGAACAAACCAAAACACUGAUGUUUUUUGAAGGCUGCCCACAGCACCUAGGGUGUACAAUCAAGCUCAGAGGAGGCUCCGAUUAUGAGCUGGCUCGAGUUAAGGAGAUCCUGAUAUUUAUGAUCUGUGUAGCUUAUCAUUCUCAACUGGAGAUCUCCUUUCUCAUGGAUGAAUUUGCUAUGCCUCCAACAUUAAUGCAAAGCCCUUCAUUCCAUUCUCUGACUGAGGGACGUGGGGAUGAGGGAGGGCCUCAGGAGCAGUUCGGUGGCAGCUCUCUGCCCCAGGACCCAGAGUGCCCUCCUGACUCUCUGUCUUCUGAUGAUAGCACUUUGUUGGAAUCAAGGACUGUGCUUGAAAAGGGUGAGCCGGACAGUAAAAGUGUUACCCAGGCGGUUGCCUCUUUGAAGCAUCAAGAUUAUACGACACCCACGUGCCCAGCAGGUAUUCCGUGUGCUCUCUUUGCAUUGGUACCUGAAUCGUUGUUGCCUCUUCAUAUGGAUCAACAGGAUGCUGUAGGAAAUGAAGAGCCAGAGCCAUUGCAGCAAACAGAGGAGCAGCAGGAUCCCAAGAGCCAGAUGAGAGCCUUCAGAGACCCUCUACAGGACGACACUGGAAUGUACGUUACUGAGGAAGUCACCUCCUCGGAAGAUACACGAAAGACUUACUCUCUCACAUUUAAACAGGAAUUAAAAGAUGUGAUCCUCUGCAUCUCUCCAGUUAUUACGUUCCGGGAACCCUUCCUUUUAACUGAAAAGGGGAUGAGGUGCUCAACUCGGGAUUAUUUUCCAGAGCAGAUUUACUGGUCUCCUCUCCUCAAUAAAGAGGUGAAGGAAAUGGAGAUGAGGAGGAAGAAACAGCUGCUCAGAGAUCUCUCUGGACUUCAGGGCAUGAAUGGCAGUGUUCAGGCCAAGUCUAUUCAAGUUUUACCCUCACAUGAGCUAGUGAGCACCCGGAUUGCUGAACAUCUGGGUGACAGCCAGAGCUUGGGUAGAAUGCUGGCUGAUUAUCGAGCUAGAGGAGGAAGAAUUCAGUCAAAACAUUUGGACCCUUUCGUCCAUUCAAAAGAUGCAUCGUGUACUUUAAGUGGCAAAUCGGGAAACAAAACGGAAUGUGAUGAAGAGAGGGGGUUGAUUCCAAGUGAUGCCUUAUGGUCAACGAAGGUGGACUGUCUGAACCCUGCGAACCACCAGAGGCUCUGUGUGCUCUUCAGCAGCUCCUCUGCCCAGUCCAGCAACGCCCCCAGUGCCUGUGUCAGCCCCUGGAUUGUAACAAUGGAAUUUUAUGGAAAGAAUGAUCUCACACUGGGAAUAUUUUUAGAAAGAUACUGUUUCAGGUCGUCUUACCAGUGUCCUAGCAUGUUCUGUGAUACCCCCAUGGUGCAUCACAUUCGACGCUUUGUUCAUGGCCAAGGCUGUGUGCAGAUAAUCCUGAAGGAGCUGGAUUCUCCAGUGCCUGGAUAUCAACAUACAAUUCUCACAUAUUCCUGGUGCAGAAUCUGCAAACAAGUAACACCAGUUGUUGCUCUUUCAAAUGAAUCCUGGUCUAUGUCAUUUGCAAAGUACCUUGAACUUCGGUUUUAUGGGCACCAGUACACACGCAGAGCCAAUGCUGAGCCGUGUGGUCACUCUAUCCACCAUGAUUAUCACCAGUAUUUCUCUUAUAACCAGAUGGUGGCAUCUUUCAGCUACUCUCCUAUUCGACUUCUUGAGGUAUGUGUUCCACUACCAAAAAUAUUCAUCAAGCGUCAAGCCCCAUUGAAAGUGUCCCUUCUCCAGGACCUCAAGGACUUUUUUCAGAAAGUUUCACAGGUAUACCUAGCUGUUGAUGAAAGACUUGCAUCCUUGAAAACGGAUACAUUUAGCAAAACAAGAGAAGAAAAAAUGGAAGAUAUCUUUGCACAAAAAGAGAUGGAGGAGGGUGAGUUCAAGAACUGGACUGAGAAGAUGCAAGCCAGACUCCUGUCCUCCUCUGUGGAUACCCCUCAGCAACUGCAGUCCGUCUUUGAGUCGCUCAUUGCCAAGAAGCAAAGUCUCUGUGAGGUGCUGCAAGCGUGGAACAGCAGGUUGCAGGACCUUUUCCAGCAGGAAAAAGGUAGAAAGAGGCCUUCGGUUCCUCCCAGUCCUGGGAGACUGAGACAAGGAGAGGAAAGCAAGAUAAGUGCAAUGGACACAUCUCCAAGGAAUAUUUCUCCAGGACUUCACAAUGGAGAAAAAGAGGAUCGCUUCUUGACAACCCUGUCCAGCCAGAGCUCCACAAGCUCUACCCAUCUCCAGUUGCCCACUCCUCCUGAGGCCCUGGCCGAGCAGUCGAUGGGAGGGCCCUCUGACCUCGAUACAGCCAGUGGCUCUGAAGAUGUAUUUGAUGGGCAUUUGCUGGGAUCCACAGACAGCCAGGUGAAGGAAAAGUCAACCAUGAAAGCCAUCUUUGCUAAUUUGCUUCCAGGAAACAGCUAUAAUCCCAUUCCAUUUCCUUUUGAUCCAGAUAAACACUAUUUAAUGUAUGAACACGAACGGGUGCCCAUUGCUGUCUGUGAGAAAGAGCCCAGCUCCAUCAUUGCUUUUGCACUCAGUUGUAAAGAAUACCGAAAUGCCUUAGAGGAAUUGUCCAAAGCAACUCUGUGGAGCAGUGCUGAAGAAGGGCUUCCAACAAAUAGUGCUUUAGAUAACAGACCGAAGAGUAGCAGCCCAAUUAGAUUACCUGAAAUCAGUGGAGGACAGACAAACCGUACAGUAGACGGAGAACCUCAGCCAACUAAAAAGGCUUCAGGAAUGUUGUCCUUCUUCAGAGGAACGUCAGGGAAGAGCCCUGAUCUCUCUUCUCAGAAGAGGGAGACCUUACGUGGGGCCGACAGUGCUUACUACCAGGUCGGGCAGACCGGGAAAGAGGGGACGGAGGGCCAAGGCCUGGAACCUCAAGAUGAGGUAGAUGGAGGAGAUACUCAGAAGAAACAACUCACAAAUCCUCAUGUGGAACUUCAAUUUUCAGAUGCAAAUGCCAAGUUUUACUGUCGCCUGUACUACGCGGGAGAGUUCCAUAAGAUGCGUGAAGUGGUUCUGGGCAGCAGUGAAGAAGAUUUCAUCCGCUCGCUCUCGCACUCGUCACCCUGGCAGGCCCGGGGAGGCAAGUCAGGAGCUGCUUUCUACGCCACAGAAGAUGAUAGAUUCAUUUUGAAGCAAAUGCCUCGUCUGGAAGUCCAGUCUUUCCUUGACUUUGCACCACACUACUUCAAUUAUAUCACAAAUGCUGUUCAACAGAAGAGGCCCACUGCUUUGGCCAAAAUUCUUGGAGUUUACAGAAUUGGUUAUAAGAACUCUCAAAACAACACUGAGAAGAAGUUAGAUCUCCUUGUCAUGGAAAAUCUUUUCUAUGGGAGAAAAAUGGCGCAGGUUUUUGAUUUAAAAGGUUCACUUAGGAAUCGAAAUGUAAAAACUGACACUGGAAAAGAGAGUUGUGAUGUAGUUCUGCUGGAUGAAAACCUCCUAAAGAUGGUUCGUGACAACCCUCUGUAUAUUCGUUCCCAUUCCAAAUCUGUGCUGAGAACCUCCAUCCAUAGUGACGCCCAUUUCCUUUCGAGCCACCUCAUUAUAGACUAUUCUUUGCUGGUUGGUCGAGAUGACACUAGCAAUGAGCUGGUAGUUGGAAUCAUAGAUUAUAUUCGAACAUUUACUUGGGACAAAAAGCUCGAGAUGGUUGUGAAGUCAACAGGAAUUUUAGGAGGACAAGGUAAAAUGCCAACUGUGGUCUCUCCAGAGUUGUAUAGGACUAGAUUUUGUGAAGCAAUGGACAAGUAUUUCCUGAUGGUGCCAGACCACUGGACAGGGUUGGAUCUGAAUUGCUGAAAUCAUGCAUAUGAUUUGAAAUAGACCAUGAAGGAAAGCAUAUCUGAGGAAGAGACCCAAACUAUAUGUUGAUAUACCACUGAACACAAAAGCCUUUCAGUUCUGUGACUAUCUAUAACUGCAGGGUAAAAGCUCCAUGGAUUGUGCAUUGCUUCUGUUACUUGAAAUUAGCUGCCUGUAAGCCAGGAAAUUGUACAAGUUAAAUACAGCUUCUUUCCAAGGGACUGUGGUUAGAGAUGAGUAUAUAGGAUAAGAAAUUGAGUUGUCAUAUUUACUAACUCAGUUGCUUGAAGAGUAAAGCUCUGUCUGCUAGACUAUGACUGUUUGGUAGACUGUGACUGACUGGUGAAUUUGGCUGUCUGGUAGACUGUGACUGUCUGGUAGAUUAUGGCUGUCUGGUAGACUGUGACUGUCUGGUAGAUUGUGGCUGUCUGGUAGACUGUGACUGUCUGGUAGAUGGUGGCUGUCUGGUAGACUGUGGCUGUCUGGUAGAUGGUGGCUGUCUGGUAGAUUGUGACUGUCUGGCAGAUUGUGGCUGUCUGGUAGAUUGUGACUAUCUAAUAGAUUGUGACUGUCUGGUAGAUUGUGACUGUCUAAUGGAUUGUGACUAAUAGAUUGUGACUGUCAGGUAGACUGUGACUAGUAGACUGACUGACUGUCUGGUAAAUUGUGACUAAUAGAUUGAUAGAUUGUGGCUGUCUGAUAGAUUGUGGCUGUCUGAUAGAUUGUGGCUGUCUGGUAGACUGUGACUGCCUGACAUCACAUUUGACACUUUUUCCCUGAGAAGGCACCUACAGACUUGCUUAGUUCAUUUUAUGUUUCCUGUGUAGUAACUUUAUGUUUGUUCGUAUAAUUUCUGAAACAUUUAGGAAAAUUCUGAUUUAUUCUGUUAAUUGCCAGUUAAACAGAUUAGUGCUUGCUUUAUUAGGAAUUUGACUUAAACUGGGAAUCCUGUCAUACUCUGUAUUCUCCAGCUUACCUUACAGUUUUUAACUGUGUUUGAGACUUUACCAUUCUCUCUUCUGCGGGUGAUUGGAGCCGACAACCAUUAGCUUUCAAGCCUUCCUUAGAACAUUUUAAGGAGCUUGUUUAAAACUUCCGUGUAAUGAGCCAAGCAGCACUUAACUUACAUGUGCGUUUGUAUUCUGGAUUUUCCUCUUAUUUUGGUGAAACAAAAUGAGCAGUAAAUGAAUUGGUAGUCACCGAAUCCCUAAGUGAAUAAUUAAUAAUGAAGGAUUUUUUAACAGUAAAAGAUAGAUUAGACCCAAUCCAAGAAACUGAGUGAGAAGGAACAAUUGUUUUCUGUUUUUUAUAGUGGUAAAGUAUCUCUCAACACUACUAGCAGGUUAAUGGGAUCUGUAAAGUCAGUGUGGAUAUUCCUAUUUCUAAGUUUCUACCACACUGACCAGUGCUGCUGAGAAAUGCUGAGAGGUAAAGUUAUUUCCCCCUAAGGACUUUGUUUACUAGUCAGCAAUCUCGUCUAAAAAGUGGCCAGAGGUCCUGAACUGGAGGAGAUGCUUUUACCCCAGGAUCUCUGAACAUUUCCUCUUGGCUUUUGUGUAACAAGGAUAUUUGGAUGUUUAUACAGUUGUAAUGAUUCCAUUUUUUCCAGACUUCCUCUAAUAGCACAUCAAUAUUCACAGAAAAAAAGAGGCUGGAUAUGUUCUGCUACGUGGCAUAGUCUGCACCCGAACUAGGCACAAGUUUGGCAUGUGUGCCAUGGAGAAUGAGGUAGUAGUUAGCUGUCUGUUGCUUAGUGAGAGGUAACUAGUUUUGAACUCAUUGCCAGUUGACCAAGGGCUUAGGUCUGCCUGAUGUUGAGCCUCAGCCUCCUCAUCAGCCUUGCAUCUGUGCCUUGUGAAGGAGCAAAUGCUGAAGAGUCCAGUUGUGACGUGAAAGGUGCAGACGGGAAGAUUGCAUGAACACUUAACGUUCUGUGCAUCCAGAAACAAAAGCUUUCAAGUCAGCUUGGGAAUGCCAGCUGUUUUGUGUUUGUUCAUUCUUUCUGGCCGGUUAGCUAGGGCUGUAUGUCCUCCUCACUUCCCGUGGGACUAGAGUGAUGCCUUUCCCUGCUGUGUAUGGGUUGUUUCUGUUUUCCUUGUUGGUUUCAGAACAGUGCUCAUAGCUGAGCUCCAGGGCAGUAACCCCUGACGGUAACAUGGUGUGGCCAUUCUCUCUUGCCCCUGUCUUGAAAAGCAAUUUUGCUUUUUAAAGUAUUGUUGCCUCUGGUAUUUUAGUAACUAAACUUUCUGAAACAAGAGUUAUUGCUUUGAAAUCUCAACUUGUCCUUUUAAAAUUAAUGUCAAGCUGGUGUUAAUGAAGGGGAAAUGCACAAGUGAACUGUUUACAAGAUCCAAGUGUGACUCCUGGCUGCUUGCAUUUAGCCACUACCAUGUAUAUGUUUGUAUAUAUAGUAUUUCUAAUGCUUUGAAUUGAAUGGCUCUUGUCCUCUUAAACUUCCUUUCAUGGCCUAAAGAAUAUUAAUGUUGAAAAAUUGUGAAUAAGGAAGAAGUCUCAUGCUCAGAAUAUGAAUUCCAAAGUAACUGAUAGUAACAUGAGAGAAUUAUGUCAACAUGUUGCUUUGUAUAUGAAUCUUAUUUAUAAAUAUGAAGCUUUCUGAUGACAUAAAAUUUUGUUUAAAAAAACCAGAAGACUUAAUUUUCCUAUCUGCCUGAGGGGAGAAAGGAGAGCUCAGCCAUGGUGAGCCCUUUUGUAGUCUCCUGAGUACUUGCUCUUCUCAAGCUUUCCUACAGAGUGUCUGGGCAGUGGAUUUCUAGCUUUGGCCUCUGUCUAAAUAAUAGGGUCAUUCAUACCGGCAUCGGUGUGGGCGACAGCUUUAUGGCUGGGGUUUCCUGGCACAUUAGCCAUUAGCAGUGGGCUUCUUGGAAAUGCCAGGGAGAGUUACCAGCCUGCAGAAAGUUAGCCGAGUUUCCGGUGUGAAAACGUUGCCAGUGAGCCUGGGGAAGCCUGACCAGGACAUUCAUGCUCUCAAUGUGACUUCUGCAGUAUUCAAAACAUCUAGUGCAAUGCCUUUGGGUUUUUUUUUUUUUUUUUUUUUUUUUGGAUUGUUUUUGUAAUGGGUGCAGUGUAUUAUAGAAAAAAAUGAAAAUUAUAAGCACGAGCAGUUUUGUUAAUGCUGCUUUGUCAGUUUUGUAAAAAAAUGUACAUAAUGUCUUUCAACAGGUUUUAAACUAGAAGAAAUAACAUUGUAAAUCACAGUAGCCUCCUGAUUUAAUAUGAAAAACUCAAUAUUAAAAGUACUUAAUGUAUUGAAAUGUAUAUAUUUCUCUAACUUUGUUCCAGCUGUUUUAUAUGAUUGACAUGUUAUUUAAAGAUAACUACCCUAGCCUUUUAGAGACUUGUACUGUAAAUAAAGAGGACCUACAAUAAACUGGAAUUUACUUACUCUA